UUCCAAACUCUCCUUCCUUUUCUCCCCUCUCAACAAGCGAUCGAUCCCGUUUUGGGAAUCCGCGGUGGGUGAUGGUCUUUUUCUCUCUCCCGAUCACGUUCUCCUCACCAGAAACGAAUCCCCUAAGCGAUCCCGAUCCUCGCAGCUCCGAUUCUGCCGAGAAGUUCUUCCUUGAUGCUUUGUUGUUAGCUUGGCUGCUGUUGAUCUGGUAGUUGGCGUGAGAGAGAUGUUCGUGAGCAGGCCGGCGGUGCAACCCGUGGAGGCGCCGUCUCCCGUAAAUGCCGCCGAGAACCCGCCGAGGUUGAGGAUGAAGGAUAUCCAGGGCAUGCCGGGGACGGCCGGCGGCCUCGCCCUGCGCCUCUCUCAGUUUGGGUUAGCGGUCGCUGCGCUUGGCGUCAUGGAAUCCACCAGCAAUUUCGGAUUCGUCACUGUCUUCUGCUAUCUGAUUGCAGCAGCCAUCACGCAGAGCUUGUGGAGUAUCUCAUUAGCUUUUCUGGAUAUAUAUGCUCUUCUAGUCAAACGCUGCUUGCGGAAUCCCCGAGCUCUGUGUAUAUUUACCAUUGGGGAUGGGAUCAUAUCCACACUGACAUUUUCAGCUGCUUGUGCAUCUGCCGGCAUUACAAUUCUGCUUCGUGGUAAUGGCAGCAUAUGCUCACAUGAGCACUGCACAAGCUUUGAGACUGCCAUCGCCAUAGCCUUCAUCAGUUGAUGCAAAUGAAGAUUUCAACUGUCGAGCCAGGCUUCAAGCAUCAGACAUUGACAGAAGAAUGGCUAGGACGAGGCCGAGGUGCUCGAAAUCCUCCCUUGAUCUGCUACCUCUCUUCUUCUUGCGGUUGAUCUUCUUCUGCCAUGCCCAGCAGCAGUCGUACACGGGCAACGAGCUGUUGAACUGCUUCGGCGCCAAUGACUCCUCCAAUUUGGGCUAUUCCUGCCAUGGCGGCACGCAUCACUCCUGCGCCUCCUACCUCACCUUCCGAUCCCAGGGCGCCUACCAGACCCCGCAAGAGAUUGCAGACCUGCUCGGCGCCGAUGCCGCCAGCGUCGCCGCCAUCAACGGCAUCGAAGACACGGCCUCGGCCGUUCCCCAGGGCGAGCUGGUCCUCGUGCCCACCACCUGCUCGUGCUCUGGCUUAUACUACCAGCACAACGUCUCCUACACCGUGAAGCCCGGUGACACCUACUUUACCGUCGCCAACAACACGUACCAAGGACUUUCCACCUGCCGGGCUCUCAUCGCCGAGAAUCCCUACGACCCCUUAAACAUCUCCAUCGGCGCCAGGCUUGUGGUCCCCCUCCGGUGCGCGUGCCCCACCGAGGACCAGGUUGCCGGCGGCAUCAAGUACCUGCUCACGUAUCUAGUCACUUGGGGCGACGAUCUCUCCUCGAUCGCCGGCCGGUUUCAUUCCGAGUUAUUGUUCCUGUUGAUGUAUCCCAACAACCUGACGGCCAACGCUACCCUCUACCCCUUCACGACUCUGUUGGUGCCCCUCGGAGAAGAGCCCACCAGGGUCUCCGAACCUGCCGCAUCGCCGCCGCCGCCGCUAGCUGAGGCAAGUGCUACAAUAACUAAUACUAAUCUCCGAAUCAAGUUGUCUAUCCGAUUCUUUGAUGUCUAAUAAUAUGCAUAGUGAGGGGGUAUUCGACGUGCAUGCAUGCCUCAAGUCGUCGGUUUGGAUCUGCUUUGCUCCUAUUUUGUAGCUAACCAUACAAAAUUAUCAUCUCUCUUCUAAAUCUUUAGGAUUUUAUUGAAGUA